UUCGAGACGGGACGGCCCCGCGGAUUCGGUUUCGUGGAGUUCCAGCAUGCGGCGGACGCACAGGAGGCGCUGCGUGCGUUGAACGACACGGACUUGGACGGGUCGCGCAUUUCUAUCUCAGUAGCGCAGCACGGACGGAAGACCCCGUCUUUGAUGCGUGCGCGCUCCUCAGGUGGCGGUUACGGCCGCAGCGGGCGACGACACUACCGCAAGGGCGACCCGUACUCCGCACCCGAUCGUUACGACCGAUCGCCGCCCCGGUCCAGGCGAUAUGAACGCUCCUAUGAUAACUCUCGCGGUUACUCUUCCGGAGGACGCGACUACAGAGAUGGCGGACGUGACGGUGCUCGCGACGGCGGACGUGAUGGUGGACGCGACUACAGAGAUGGCGGACGUGACUACCGUGACGGCUCUUACGACGACCGACGACGAUACUAA